AUGUGCCGUUGGAUAACGAUGGGAAGCGAGACAAAAACUCGAACAAGGGACUGCCCAUGGUUAGCUUUUUAUUUGGCUCUGCUGCUGUUUUUCGGAAAGCAGGCUUGGGCUCAGAUACGGUACUCUAUUCCAGAGGAGGUUAAAGACGGAACUAUUGUUGGAAAUGUUGGGAAAGAUCUCGGGCUUGACAUCACCUCUUUGAUUGAUCGACGGUUCCGUGUUGUUUCUGGAUCAAAGGAUGCUAUUUUUGAGGUAAACCAGAAUAACGGGGCAUUGUACGUCCAUAAUCACAUUGACAGAGAGGAGCUCUGUCAAGGCAGCGGUGCUUGUCUGAUGGAGCUAAAAAUCCUUGUUGAAAACCCUUUGGAGAUACACUACGUAGUUGUAGAAAUCACGGAUGUAAAUGAUCACUCUCCAAGUUUUCCGGAAAAUGAGCAGACAUUUGAAAUAGCUGAACAUACAUUGCCAGGAAAGCGAUUUCAACUGCACACCGCUAAUGAUCCUGAUUCUGGUGUGAAUUCUAUUCGCACAUACACUUUAACGUCAAAUGAUCACUUUGAAGUAGAUAUACGUCACAGCGAUGACGAUAAAAUACCAUUUUUAGUGCUGAAGAAGUCGUUAGACAGAGAACAAAAAAACAAACACUCGUUAAUCGUUACAGCAGUUGAUGGAGGUAAACCUCAAAGAUCAGGAACACUGAAUGUUUCCAUCAUUGUCCUUGACAGUAAUGAUAAUCGUCCGAUGUUUAGUAAGGAGAUUUAUCAAAUUGCAAUAAAGGAAAAUAUUCCAGUCGGUUCUUCAAUAUUUAAAAUGAACGCGAUGGAUCCAGAUGAAGGCAGCAACGGGGAAAUCGAAUACAGUCUUGCAAAAACCAUGAGAAGAAAUAUAUAUGACCUUUUUGAGUUGGACAGAUUAUCUGGGGAGAUCAGAGUGAAAGGAAUAGUGGACUAUGAGGAAAACGACGUUUAUAAAUUAGACAUUGAGGCAUCAGAUAAAGGAACACCUCCACUGACAGGUGAGUGUAGGGUCAAUAUUAAGAUCAUAGAUGUAAACGAUAAUCCACCACAAAUAGAGGUCACAUCACUGUCAAAUACAGUGUCGGAAGAUUCGAAACCUGGCACUGUUAUUUCUCUCAUCAGUGUGACGGAUAAAGAUUCCGGUGUCAAUGGCAAAAUCAUCACAACCAUAAAUGAUGGCGUGCCUUUUGAAUUAAAGCCCUCCUAUAAGGAGAACACAUAUUCAGUUGUUACUAAGGAACUUUUGGAUCGGGAGGAGGUGUCACAUUAUGAAAUAACAUUAAAGGCCAACGACUGUGGUGAACCUCCCUUAUCGACAUUAAAAACUCUUAACAUUCAAAUAUCAGAUGUGAAUGACAACAGACCGCACUUUGAAAAAAAUCCUUUAGAGUUUUAUCUUGUAGAAAAUAAUGUUGCUGGAGCGUCAAUAUUCUCUGUAAGCGCAACGGACAAAGAUUUGAAUGAUAAUGCAGCAAUUUCAUAUCAUAUUGUGAGAGAAGGAAGUCAGAACGACAUAAUGUCUUUCCUAAAUAUAAAUUCAGAUAAUGGACACAUUUCAGCGUUAAAAAGUUUCGACUUUGAAACUCUGAAAACGUUCCAGUUCCAAGUUGUCGCCACAGAUUCUGGAACUCCGUCACUAAGCAGCAACGUCACAGUGAGCGUGUUCAUUCUGGAUCAGAACGACAACGCUCCAGUCAUCCUGUAUCCAGUCAGCUCUAACGGUUCUGCUGAAGGUGUGGAGGAGAUUCCCCGCAAUGUGAACGCAGGACACUUGGUGACUAAAGUCAGAGCCUAUGACGCUGAUAUAGGAUAUAACGGCUGGUUACUCUUUUCACUGCAGCAAGUUACUGACCACAGUCUCUUUGGUUUGGACCGCUAUACUGGACAGAUCAGAACACUUCGCUCAUUCACAGAGACAGACGAGGCUGAGCAUAAACUGGUCAUACUGGUCAAAGAUAAUGGGAACGUUUCACUCUCAGCAACAGCUACUGUGAUUGUCAAAGUUGUGGAGCCCAAAGAAGCUUUUGCAGCUUCUGAUGUCAAAAGUUCAGCAAAAGAUGAUGAGGGGAAUGACGUGACUUUUUACCUGAUGAUAACUUUGGGCUCAGUUUCAGCACUUUUUCUUAUCAGUAUCAUCAUACUGAUUGCAAUGCAGUGCUCCAAAACCACAGACUAUACUUCUAAAUAUCUACAAGACACAAAUUAUGAUGGGACACUGUGUCACAGCAUUCAGUACAGAUCUGGAGACAAACGGUACAUGUUAGUUGGACCCAGAAUGAGUAUAGGAUCUACUAUAGUCCCUGGCAGCCAUGCAAAUACUCUCGUACUCCCAGACAGGAGACGGGCAUCUGCAGAGGUAAGAGUAAUUUAUGAUCCUUAA